UGCACCGGAUUGUUUAUAAUUAUCUCCCGUUCGCAGCGCAUAGUAACGUUCGGCCCGUGGCAUGAUCACGUGACUACGGGCUCGCACUCGGUACCGAAUAUCCAAAUUCGAUUCUGGAAUUGGAACACAGCCUUGAGACUGUGACGUUAUUAUGACGCCAGACAGUGACGAGCAGGACGAAGUUACGGACAGAGUAAUGAAAAGGGAAGAAAAUGUGGACAGACUAACAGAAAGGGACAACAUUGUGGACAGAGUAACAGAAAGGGGCAACAUUGUGGACAGAGUAACAGAAAGGGGCAACAUUGUGGACAGAGUAACAGACAGGGAAGAAAUUGAUGACAAGGCAAACGAAUGGGAAGAAGAUGAAGACAGUUCAACAGAAUGGGAAGACGCUGCAACAGAAUGGGAAGAAGUUGAGGAUGAGGAUAGAGAAGGGGGACAAUUUGCAACAGAAUGGAAAGAAGUUAAAGACAAAGCAACAAAUUGCAAAGACAUUGAAUUUGAGUACCCUUCAACAAAAGGUGAAGGAGUUGAGGACAUCUCGACAAAAUGCAAAGAAACCAAGGGCGAGGUAAAAAAAUGUGAAGAACUUAAGGACGUUUCAACAAAAUGUGAAAAUGUUGAUGACGUCUCAACAGAAAGGGAAGAAGUUAAGGUUGCUGAAACAAAAUGUGAAGAAUCUACAAGCAAUUUUACAGAAAGCAAUGACACUGUAGAUGAAGCACUAGAAAGGGAAGAAGUUACUGAGGAGGAGGGGGAGGAGGCCAUGUCCAUGGAACCUGUCCACAAAAUAGGACAUCUAAUCUGCAAAAGAGUUAUGGAUGAGAAUGGGACUAAAACCAGUAAGGGCCAGAGAGCAUGGAAGCCAUUCACCGCAGUUCUACAAGGCAUGGUUCUUCAUUUACAAAAAGACAAUUCUAACUCGAAUAAGACAGACAAAGUCAUUAGUCUGCAUCAUACAUUUGCAUACCCUGUAGAUCACAAAAAGAGGAGACAUGUGUUGUGUCUCAGGACUGCAGACCUCAGACAGUUCUACUUCCAAGCUGAGAGUGAAAAAGAGCAAGCAUCAUGGGUUGCAGCCAUUAACUGCAUCGCCGCUUGUUACUCUGCUCCUCCGCUCACUCCUGUUUCACAUGACAAGAAGGCACAUUGCCCUCUGUUUCUACCUUCAUUCCAGACAAAUCUCUCUCUAGACCAGCAGCUCGAGUGCUACAUGUACCAGUUUCUGAGGGCUUCAACAUAUAUACGCUACUUUAACUCAUUGCCUAUUAGGGAUGGAGCUUUAUCUUUAGAUUAUAUGGUGCAGGAGAGGACGCGCUACAAAACAUAUGUAAAAGCGUUACAGAGACUUGUUGCAACCAAAGGUGCCAGAGAAGGCUUCGGCAAAUCAACUUAACCCUGUAAAGCCCACUGUUGUAGAAUUAGAUCACUUUUAACAAUUUUAAAAAAAGGCCUGCGAAUGUUUUUUUUUUUUCUCAAGACCACAUUUGCAUAGUUCAUGGGUUUUAUUGUUUGUCCUCAAUGCUAUUGGAUAGAAGAAGUGUUUAUAGGUCCGGUCAUCUGGCCAUGAACUCACUCUACCCGACUGGAUUUGUCAUGAUUCAAAGAGUGUAGAUGGAAUACGACAACACAAAUCUACAAAUCGACUACAAGAUCUACAGACAACUACUUCACCAGUGUACCACUGGUAAUCAAGCUUCUUGAGCAUGGACUCCAUUAUGUGUGAACAGCGAGGCAGAUAUGCCUACCCAACUGCAACUUGAAGAUGAAAAGAGCUUGAAGAAUAAGGAGAGAGGAAGCUUUUACUGUAUAUCUGAGUGGAGGGGAACCACAACAUCUGCACUCUCAAAUGGACACAUUUGUGUCAUACUCUGCUGGACCAGAAUCUGUGCAGAAGAUUCAGUGCUGAGACAAAGCCACCAAAACCAUCAUUGAUGUCAAGAGGCCUUAAAUUGUUGGUACCUACAACAAACACAAUGAAGGUAUGGAUUUGUUGCACUCAUUUGCUGACAAGUACAAGUUCCCCUUGAAAUCCCACCACUGGUACAUUUACAUCUUCUGGCACACCAUCAUCCAGCUGUGAUUAAUGCCUGGCUCCUCUACAAGCGGGACUGUAGAGCGCUGAAGAUGGCUAAGAAAGAUAUACUGAACAGGAGACAGUUUCAGGCACAACUUACAACCUCUCUCAUCCUGGUGAACACACAACACAAUGCACAAGAGAGGGAGACCAUCUUCAGGAAAGAUGAACACAUUCACACAGAAGGUGACGUCAGGGAGCGGUCAUCGGUCCACCCCCUGCUGGAUGUAUGCAAAGACAUUAUUGCACAUAUCCCAGUAGAGACGAAGAGAGGACGUUGCAGACACUCCAAUUACGGGUACACAAACACACUGUGUAGCAAGUGCAAUGUUUGCCUGUGCUUCUCAGAUGAAAAGAAAUGUCUUAGGGACUAUUACUGCAAGUAAACACAGACCUCAUUCAAACCACACUGAAAGUGAUAGAAUAAAAAGUUUUAUAAAUAUAAAAUCUUUUUCAAUAUUUUUAUUAAUAAAUGCUUAUUU